UGCGACCAAACGUUCAGUCGGGCGCAUAAUCUCAAGUCUCACUUUGCGACACAUUCGAUGGAACGACCUUACAAGUGCGAUGCUUGUGAUUCCAAGUUUCGACGGCUGCACGAUCUUAAACGGCAUCAAAAGCUGCAUACGGGUGAACGGCCGUAUGUAUGCAGCAUGUGCGAGCGUUCAUUCUCAAGACUGGAUGCAUUGAAUCGACAU